UAACUUUCCUAUACCAAAAACAAAUCAAGUAAUUUCAAAGAAGGGGAAACAUGUCUUCACUCCGUUCAGAUCCGGUUCACAGAAUCCAUCCCGAGCCGAUCGAUCAGUUCGACCGUCUCCCGGACUCUAUUCUCCUCCUGGUCUUCAACAAGAUCGGCGACGUCAAAGCUCUCGGCCGAUGCUGCGUCGUUUCGGGCCGUUUCCAUUCCCUCGUCCCACAGGUCGAAAACGUCGUCGUUCGUGUCGAUUGCGUCAUCUCCGAUGACGAUUCUUCCCCCUCUUCCUACGACAAGUCACGCUCCGCCGGCCCGAUUUCUAGCAUCUUCCGUUUCCUUUUUGGGGGCAUUGUCAAACCGUUCCAUGCUUUGGCUCAAUUUCUCGGUCCGAAACGGCCCGCUUUCAGGGAAACCCUUAACACCCAUCCGUCUUCUUCUUCCUUAUUUGUUGGUUCUGUUGGUCCCCGUGCUGAUGUCAACGAUGGGGAAAUGGAGCAAGGUGGGGUGACACAUCAUUCUCCGACGCAAGUACUUAGAAAUUUCGACGAGAUUCGUUAUCUUCGGAUCGAAUUACCCAGCGGCGAGUUAGGGAUCGAUGAUGGGGUUCUUUUGAGAUGGAGAGCCGAUUUCGGGUCAACCCUUGAUAACUGUGUCAUCCUCGGAGCUGCUUCCGUUACUAAGAACCUGCAUUUGCAGGUACCGGAGUGUGGGAACGAUGAGUUUUGCCCCAAUAAUAACAUCAUUAACGUUGAUGAUAAUGGGAGUAUUCCCGAGUCGUUUUAUACCAACGGAGGCCUGAAAUUACGGGUUGUUUGGACGAUUAGCUCGUUGAUCGCUGCGUCGGCGAGGCAUUAUUUGCUUCAACCAAUAAUUGCAGAGCAUAAGACGCUCGAUAGCUUGGUUUUAACUGAUGCUGAUGGACAAGGGGUGCUUUGCAUGAACAGAGAUCAGCUCGAGGAGUUGAGAGUGAAGCCAUUAUCGGCUUCUUCUGCUUUGAAAAGGACUCAGGUGCCAGCACUGAAUAUGAGGCUUUGGUACGCUCCUCACUUGGAAUUGCCUGAUGGGAUUGUUUUGAAUGGAGCUACUUUGGUUGCUAUUAGGCCAAGUGAACAGUCUUCUUCAAAGAAAGAGGUCUCUGAUGCUUCUUGGUUGUCAACUGCCUUUGAAGAGCCUUAUGGGACUGCAGCUAAGAUGCUUGUUAAGAGAAAAACUUACUGUUUGGAGAUGAACUCGUUUUGAUGUCUGCUUCCUGAUCUUUGAAGGCAUUUGCUUGUAAGCGUGCACACCUGCACCAAGACCAAUGCUGUAAGAGCAUCGAGUUUUUCUAAUCCUCGACUACUUUUUAUCUAUAAUCCCUCUACAUAUGUGAAUAUUGUAGGUAUGAAGAUGUGAUGCUUUAUGUUUCAUAUACGAAUGAAGUUAAUCAAGAAUUGUACUUGCAGUUUGCACUUCUACCCUUUAAUGUUUAUUCGAUAAAGCUUACUUACCAUGCUCCCACCAAAGCUUCA